GCGUUGUGCAUCCGUGUUGCAGGUCCGCGGUGGAGAGCAGACACCCUGCGGCAAAUCCACAGGAGGGUUGGUAUCAUCACUGUCGCCGGCAGCGUGCUCUCGUAAACUCUUUUGGGUUUCUUAUUGUCUCCGUUAUUUAUUUCGUUUUUCGGGGCCCUCUCCUCCCUGAGCACCAGGGAAUGGGGGAAUGAUCAGCGCAGACUCCCCUCCGCCGCCGCCUUCUCCUGCACCUCCUUACGUCGGUCUCCGUGUUCCCUGUCAGUCGUCGGAGCUCUGCCCAGGAUGCGGGCCCCGCUGCACGGCCAGGCUGCGGUGCUCGCGGCCCUAUUGGCGUUGAGCACCUGCUUGACAGGAUCUCAUCUGUGCCCUCGGAGUUUAGACUGUGCCCGGGCAGGACGACACUUCUGCGAGCAGGGCAGCUCACACUGCGGCCCCUGCCUGCGCCCCCUGGUGGAGAACUCCCAUGGCCGUUGUGUGGUCAAGAGGAGACAUACUCUUCAUUCAGCUCAAGCCACUAAAGGUAAGAUGAGCACUUAUCCUGAACUGGAUGAGGAGAUCGACAUCCUCUCUGCCAUCAUCAGUGAACAGAGAACAGAGUCCAGGCCGCCAGCUCCACCAUCCCAGGACAUCUCUACACCCAAAUCUAAGCAGCUCAGUGAGCCCAGCGGCGCCCACAGAGCAUCUACAGCAGAGCAGCCCACGAGCCAGGACGUCCCGUUCACCAGUAUGGCUCCAACCACCAUCACCCCACCACACCCCACUUUGCUCAAUGAUCCCAUCGUCCUCCCCUACCUCUCUAAUGACCAUGCCUUCAUCAUCAUGAGCAGCGUCUUCAUCAUAGCUGGUUCACUGGCUUUGGUUGUAGCAGGGGCCUGUUGGAUUAGAUUGCAGAAAGGUAUACGUCUAACUCAAAAGCUGGACUACCCUGUAUAUGGACUGAUGAGAGUCCAAACCUUUGACAAUUUGUCUGGGGACAAGAAGCUGGCCCAAAAUGCCCAGAUGUACCACUACCAGCACCAGAAGCAGCAGAUGCUCUCCCUGGAGAAACACAGGGAUGAGCCAAAAGUUCCUGACUCAGGAGCAUCGACAGAUGAGGAGAACGAGGAUGGAGAUUUCACAGUAUAUGAGUGUCCUGGAUUGGCACCUACUGGGGAAAUGGAGGUGAAAAACCCUCUGUUCGACGACUCCACCCUUUACUUUCAGAAGUUCUACAAAUAAACCUGGACAUUGAGAGGUUUCACACUCUGAACGCAGCACUUGUGUGUGCAUAUAGUUGAAUUUACACAUAUACACACACUGUGCUGAGUCCAAUCAUUUUAAUGGACAGGGUGGAGAGUGUAAGGUACAUGGAGGAGGACUGGGAUGAGGAGUGAAGCAUUCGUGGACAUUUAAAGGAGGUCACAGGACUGGUUUCAUGACUGAAUAUGGGACCAGUGCCUCCCAUUCUACUGCAACAGUCUGUCCUUUUUUACGCUAUCACUAUUUUUGUUAUUAUUUUUGUUCACAAACCCACAAUCAGCCAACAUCUAAGAACUCAGAAUGAUUUCUGUCAAGUAGCAAACACUCAUAUUGAAUAAAAUAUCCUGUUAAUAGAACUGGUUCCAGUACAGGGACAGUUCCUGAUUCCACUGAGCUGAAGCUGAAAGUAUUUCAGUUCAUUGAUAGAGCUUCAUGAAUAUCCAUGUUUAUUAAUUAGUAAAUAAACACUGCUUUCUUUGGUUUAAUUUAAGUAUUUUUUAAAGAUGUGUUUAAUAUUUCAUGAUAACACCUCCGUGCAGCACCGUGAUCUUUAUCAGUAUGUUAUGCAGCCAUUGUGUUCUCAGUCUACUUCAUCUAUGCAUGUUUUGAUGAUGCUGUGUUAUGAAAUCUGAUAGUCAAUAUGCAUUUACAGCAAAGUGCUAAUGGUUAUUAUAUGCCUAUAUCACUGGUGUCACAAUUCUCCAAAUUCAUGAUUCAAUUAGACUUUUGAUUUAAAGGUCACAAUUUGAAUCAAUUUUCAAUUUGGAAAAAAGUUCAGCACUGACUGCUAUGCCAUUGAUAGACUUUUGAGUCUUGAUUUGUAAAGCUCAACAUAUCAUUGGUUUUAUGCCCAGACAACUAGGCCUGGGUAUUGGUACUCUUUAUUUCUUAACUUUAACGUAUCGUCCAAAAUAGCCCAGUACUGAGUAGUAUGAAAAUGUCUCCAAUCAAACAAGUACUGCAUUCGAUCCUUCUUGUAACCAGAUCAGGAAAAAUUGUAUGGUUUUGCAGCCAAACACGCAACCAACACACCAAGAGAAAGAGAAGGGAAUGCCUCUUCUUUUCUUGUAUUUCUUAUGUCCCUGCAUGCGCUUGUAAGCCUAGAUCAUGACUGAUUUUAACAGCCCCUCACCAUUGGCUGCUGUUUCAGGCAUGUUCAACAUUGUUGAAAGUUUAUUACCACAAGCUUGGCUUUGUGUUUGUUUCAUCUUCUCAUAUCCUUUAACACUACUCUGUACAGUUUUAUUUGCAAUUCACAUCACUUGUCACCAAUCGAUCAUUGCCUUCCAUCAUAUCAAGUCAACGCUUGGAUGUAGUGAGAGUGAUCGGCUGGAUGUGCAGGCUUUCUUUUCCUUUACUUGCUUCUUAAGAGUCUUUAGUGCAGUAUAGUGACCUGUAUGAGCUCACUCCUUACUCGUUUUCUACUUCUUACUGUCGUCUAUUGAAGGAGGUCUGCGACUCACUACUAAAGGACAAAGGCGAGUGAGUGUCAUGAAAUGUGGCAUCAUAUAAAGUUUUUUAUUUGUUUUAUUAUUUAUUACUACUACUAUGGCAUUUUACUCAAGGAAUCAAAUGUUUUGUACCCUAUUGGUAUCGGUAUCACUUUAAGGCUACUGAUUUUGGUACUGGUAAUAUUUUAAACCCAGCCCUACAGACAAAUUUCAUGUGGAUUUGUGUGGUACAGCCUACAAACUGUAGUUGCCACACCUGUGACCUCAGGGAAGCAGGAAGAUUCUGUUCCAGUUUUUUCUCUGUCAUCUCCGACUCCAGCAGUAGCCAUGGUGUUUUUUUUUCUUCAGACGUGCACCUGACACACAAAAUUAGGCAGGGGUGGAGAGAAAAAUGUCGAAAUCGAAAGCUCUUAUCUUUUUAGAGAUAGCUCUAAAUGAAAGAAAUUGUGACACCCCUAAUAUAUAUCCGGUAUAUAUACUUUAUACUUAUAUAUGACUUGAAUGAUUACGAAAGAAUUUGAUACUUCAUUACCUAGAACUCUGAAACAGAGCGAGUCCAUCCUGUGUAUAUGGUAUCUGACUAACAUGGCUUGUCCACAUGAUUUUGUGAUCUGUAAAUAGCUGCUAAUGUGUACAGGGAAGAUAUCUUACCUCUCACUCAGUGUGUGUGCAAACAUCUUCCCCUAAAGAGUGCUUUGUCAAAUACUGAACUGUUAUUGUUUCCGUAUUGUUCACUAUAUUUGCAAGGUUCCUAUAUACAUGUGGAAAGGACAGGAAAUGUCUCAGAGAAGUAAUGAUGUCCUGGUUUUGAAAACAUAUUUGACCCAUUUGUUAUUGUGCAUAUAGUUUUUAAUUGAAAUGUAAUAGUUUUGUAGAUAAGGGGUAAGCAGAGAGUAUCCGCACACUAUGACAUACAUAACUGGAACAUUUAUUAGAAUUCAGGCACAUUUCAAUCCUAAUACCAAGUCUUCACCAGGAAAAACAUGAGAAAAUGGCAGUAUAAUACUGAAUACAUCAUGCUGAAGUCAAGGACAACCAAUCAAGCAAAAUGACUUCAAUAAAUACUGACAAGACAUUGUCAAAAAGCAAAUCAUUAUCAUAGAAAUCACAAACAUCAAUACAUAGACAAUAUUUUAAAGUAAAAAAAAAAAGAGGAAACUAAUAAUAUCACAACAUUGUCUGAGAUAAAAUACACCCCACUGGCUGGAGGAAUAAUGGGAACAGGAGAAAGGAAAAAUUGCCCAGAAAUAUGAGACAUACAUAUAAUCUUUACAGUUACAGAAGGAGCUGCCAUCAUUUUUUUUCUUUGAAUAGGUCAAAGCUGCCAAUUUUAAAAUUGAACUUAGCCAAAUUUGCAGAUUUUACAGUACAGUCAGUCAUCUUCUGUAUCCACUUAUCCAUGCAGGUUUACAGGGGGCUGGGGCCAAUCCCAGCUGGCAUAGGGCAAGAUACAGCCUGAACAGGCCGCCAGUCCGUCACAGGACACAGGAUACAUUUUACAGUACAUGCUUGGGAAAAUGUAAAGCUAUGGUAGGUAACAUUGGAGAAACUGGGAUGAGACAGCUAAAUUCCCUUCAGGCCUUCCUCCAUAGCCACAGGUUAGCCAGUCAUUUCAUUUGGACUGAAUACACAAUCUAACUUUGUCUUUCCCAAUAACAAUGUUAUUGCCAAAGCCUGAUCACGACUGCAUGAACAUAACUAAUAGUAGAGUAAUGAUGCUACCAGCACUGUUACCCAUAUGAAGGAUUGGAUUGGUGCACUGUAAGACAUUUCAAGUUUGUUUAACUUGGAAAUAGAAGAAAUGCUGCCUUAUAAAUGCAAGUUAACUCAGCUUUAAGAUUGCAUUUGUUUUAAUUCACAGGUUCAUAAAGUUGAUGUAACUUCUA